CGGUGCCAUGGCGGCGGCGGGCCCGGAGCGGGAGCGGCCGGGGCCCGCAGCGCUCGCCCUGCUCGGGGCGGCGCCCGGCGCGCCCAGCUGCCCUCACGGUCCUGCACUUCUGUUUGUGAAGACCAGCCAAGGAAAAGAGGAAGGAAGAAGAUUCUAUGCUUGUUCCGCUUGUAGGGAUAGAAAGGAUUGUAGCUUUUUUCAGUGGGAAGAUGAAAAGGUGUCAGAAACUAGGCUUGCAGCACGUGAAGAAUAUAAUAGAAGUCAUCAGCCUUGUUUUACACACAGACAGAACGUGGACAGGUACAAGAAUUUUGUUCUGUUGCCGUUAUCAAAGAGGAGGUUUUGCCAGGAAUGCCAGCAGUUGCUACUGCCAGCAGAAUGGGAAAAACACUCAGAUCACCAGUUCCUGUGUGAUAUCACCACUGCCCAGCUGAAAAGUCCAAGUCAGCUUCUGUAUCCACUGGAGAAUAAAAAAACAAAUGCACAGUAUUUAUUUGCAGACAGAAGUUGCCAGUUCCUACUGAAUCUCCUUAAAGAUUUAGGAUUCAGACGAGUGCUCUCUGUUGGAACACCCAGGCUUCAUGAAGUGAUCCAGUCAAAAGCAUCACAAGAAGAAGAAUUCAAUGUUAGAAGCCUUCUGCUAGAUAUUGAUUUCAGGUAUUCACAAUUUUACACAGAGGAUGAAUUUUGCCACUACAACAUGUUCAAUCAUCAUUUUUUUGGUGGAGAGGCUGCACGUGAAACUUGCAGGAAAUUCUUGUGUGAAGAGAAUGGUGAAAGAGUCAUUAUGGUAACUGAUCCCCCAUUUGGAGGUUUAGUGGAAGCACUGGCUUCUAGUUUUAAAAAACUGAUGGCAAUGUGGAGUGAGACAGAAAAAGAAGUUUUUUCAUUACUAGAUCAUGACAACAGAGAGAUGCCCAUGUUCUGGAUAUUUCCAUACUUCUUUGAGUCUCGCAUUCUUGACUUUUUCCCAAGCUUCAGUAUGAUGGAUUACCAGGUAGACUAUGAUAAUCAUGCACUGUAUAAACAUGGCAAGACAGGUCGUAGACAGUCUCCUGUCCGUAUUUUCACGAACCUUACCCCAAAUAUGAUUGUGCUUCCUGAAGAAGAGGGAUAUAGAUUUUGCACUGUAUGUCAGCGAUAUGUUAGUUCUGGUAACCAGCACUGUGAGAUAUGCAAUUCGUGUACAUCAAAAGAUGGCAGACGAUGGAAACAUUGUGUUCUUUGCAAGAAAUGUGUAAAGCCCUCUUGGUUUCACUGUAACAAUUGCAACUGCUGCACUCUUCAAAAGCACAGCUGUGAGAAGACUGACGCUGGCUGUUUCGUUUGUGGCAAGGCAGGUCACAAGCGCAGUGCCUGUCCCAGUCUCUCCCGCAGCAGAGCAGCUUGUCAACCUGACAAAAAGAAAGGGCAGAAAACUCGAAAGAGAAUAAAAAUGGGAAUCUGUAAAAGAUUAGCUAUGAAACAUGCCAUAUUCUCCAAGAGGAAAGUAAAGAAUAAGAAAAAAAAGACAUGACUUUUCUUGCUGCUACAUAGUUGCUAAUUUAUUUUUUAUUGUCAGCCUUUUGUUCCAUUUUUUAAAAACGUAAGUGCUAACAUCCAGAAUAAAACCUGAUUGAAUUAAGUGACA